CCCUAGACAUGCUUUCCAGACUCAGAGGUCUGUUUGACAGAGGGAAUGGACAGCAUGGAGAGACCAGAGUGAGGCAGAAGGAAGCUUGUCCCGGGUCUCCCUGGAAAAUAUGGAGAAAAUGGUCCUGGGGAAGAGGCAGUGAGUUUUGGGAUGGGUCUGGGGAGCUUUCUGUAUGUGGUGAACUUCAGCUUUCCACAGCAAGGGCUCAAGAACUAGGAACUUGGUCAGGGACAGAAAACUCCAAGUUCAAGUCAGAGAUGAAACAGCAGCCAGAUCUAUCUGUGUCAGGAGACACUGGCAGAGUGGGUUCAUUUACCUUGUGCUACAGCAGUAGUAACAACAGCUGUAAAGGCAUGCAGCAGAAGCAGCUGCAGCAGAGCCUGGAGCCUCUGGAGAGGAAGCCCAAGCAUGAGAAGCAGAAACAGAAGAAGCAGGAGCAACAGCAACAGAUGUGGAAGUGGAAACAGAGGCCUGUGUUCAUAGGUUCCUUUUCUCCUGGGGCCAUGCCCUACCACAGGCUGAAUUCUUUUUGGAUGCUGAAAAAGGAGCAUAAACAGGUGAUGUUGGACUUGCAGAAAAUGCCCAUGGAGAUCAGUGAUGGUGUGAACAAGGUCAAACAACUGAUUGAGGAGAAUGUAUCCUACAGGUAUAUGCCUGAUUUAUCAUGAGAGGGACUGAUUCAUCUUUCUCUUUCACCCAAAGUAAGGGCUCUGGUUCUUGCCUGUCUGCCUCUUAGCAAGCAGUCUGACAUUUGGUCCUUGGCCUUGUGCCACUUGGACUCAGUUUUGCUAAGUGUGAAAAGACGCUGUGUCCCUCCAAGAGAUGUCUUGUCAUUCUUGGGAUAUCCUUGACAGAAAAAGAGUUUGCACCAUGAAGAGA